ACGGGAUUUGCAUCAAUUUCAGUUCGAAUUAUUAAUUGUUAAGAUAGGGAUCAGAUUCGCGCUUACGUUUUACAUAUAAAGGAAUAUCUUGCAAAUACUCAUGAGUGGCGUCUGGGCAUGAAAAACGAGGAAAUAAUGUCGUCGUCGUUGACUUUUCUUGCACAUAUAUGAUAUUCUAUUUUCAUAACGCAAAAAGAUUUAUUGGACUUGGACACUGCAGCGCGACGUUGUGCUUCUUGUUCCCGUGUUUUCGGUUCAUUCAGGUGAUAUUGCUUCUGGUGGCGGUGGCUAAGUUAUUUUGCCAAGACGAUAAAGUGUGACAAUUUUGUGGAAUAUCAGUUGGAAUCUUGUGUGGAAGUGCCGUUCUAUAUUUAGUAUUUAUUAGAAAUUUUUCCUGUAAAAGUCGUUAAUUAAAGCAUAGCCAUGGCUGACGAGGGAUCGGUCGCUGUGGAAUUAUACAUCUAUGACCUAACGCAAGGCAUGGCGGCAAUGAUGUCGCAAAUGUUAUUAGGUCGUCACGUUGAGGGUAUUUGGCACACUGCCGUGGUAAUUUUUGGAAAAGAAUACUUUUAUGGCGGACAUGGGAUACAAUGUUGUCCACCGGGUGCAACUAUCUUGGGGCAGCCAACUAAAAUCGAGAAAAUCGGCGAAACGUUCAUCCCGUAUCAAAUUUUCAAAGACUAUAUUAGAGGACUUUCGGAAAGUACAUUCAGGGGCUUGCAAUAUAAUUUCAUCAAGCAUAAUUGCAAUAACUUUGCGGAUGAUCUUUGUCAAUUCUUGUGCGGAGUAGGAAUACCGAAAUAUAUUCUUGAUCUUCCACAAGAAAUCCUUUCAACGCCGCUCGGUCAGUCGCUCUCACCCUUAAUCGAGCGCCUUAGUGCUGGCAGUGGAGGUUCGAAUAAUUUUGCUUUUGAACCGCAAAUUUCGGCACGAGAGCCUAGUCCAGAAUUCGACGACCUAAAUAGUCAAAUUGAAGAGGCCCGUCAACAAUCACAAGUACUUGAAGAACGUCGUCAAACUAUUCGCGAAAAAAUCGCGAAACGGGAAAAGAAAAAAGAGAAAAAGAAGCACCGAAACUCUACAAAGCUUUCGGAGUCAGCAAGUGAAUCUAAUUCAAAUUGCGGAAUGUCGGAAGCAGAGGAAAUUAAUGGCGCCAAUGGAAUCACAGAGCCGAUUCCACCAGAAAUGUUACCCUCUGAAAAAAUACUAGAAGAAGAUGCUAAGGAACGGGCUGAGGAGGAAGAACGCAGAAAAAACAGAAUUCCACCCGUUGUAUUUCAUGACAUUGAUGCAAAAACUGAGCUAGAUGGGAUGGUCAAGCUGCUUGAUGGCAAAUUGACAAAGGAGGAAGAAACUAACAUCGAAGAGCUUUAUCAAUAUUUAGUCCAAGGUGAAGGCUCUUGGGCCCUAGGAGAUAAUUUUUUGGUUUUCGUUGGCCGUGUUUUGCGGGAGCCCUCAAUCUCUUCUGAAGCCCGUGUACAUCUUAUCCGUGUAUUAGCUGCCGCAGCUUUAAAAGAUGAUGUCAUUUUGAUUCUUCAUCAAGAUCGAAGAGAUCACAUGUUGAUGAACUUUUCGCAGGAUAUUGAUAGGAUUCCUAUUGAAGAACAGACUGCUUGGGCAUUAUUCAUCUGCAAUCUAUUCGAGAACUUGAGUGCAUCUGAAUGGUUAUUGUACAUUUCGGAAUGGUCAUAUAAUAAUCAGCAAAUUUCCAAUAUCCGCGGUACAACUAAAGUUGCAGUUCAUUGUUUACUGGCAACAUGCCCAACUUUACAAGAUAUUGGCACUAGUAUAAUUUACAAUCUUGCCAUCAAGGAGGUUAAAACUGUGGUAUUCGAUGACGUAGCUGUAGAAUUAACAAUGGCUAUUCUGCAAUUUUUCAAUACAAAACCAUCGGAAGAGCAUUUGUUCCGCACACUAAGGGCUUUAGCAGCAUUUGUUAACGUCUCCCCCGAUGUACCUCAAUUCAUACAAAUGAUUGGGCCCCAUCCAAACACAUUCAAGGGUACCAGCCAACGCAUCGAUGAAUUGAUUGAUCAGAUUUCCGUAAAAGUUAAAUGAGCUUAACCACGCAUUUGUGUCCUUCUAGCUUUCCACCUGAAUAUUUCGAUGAUGCUAUAAUGUGAAGUGUACAAAAUUGUGAAGGAAAUUUAUCUAUUAUAGUUUUCAAGUUGGGCAACAUUUUAGUUAUAUUUGUAACAUGGAGAAAAGACUAGGUUUAUUGUUUUCUGCAUUUUAUAAAAUAUCACGACAAUGAUGAUUUUUACUACGACCUUUUAUAUUUAUUACAAUAUGAGACGAAGCAUUAGAAUUGUUUUAGUAAUUUGUAUGAUAUGAUCGCUUUUAUUUUAAUGCAAUAAAAUUUCAUUAAAUAAAGCAAAA